ACCAGAAUUUUCCAGCAAUUUCUCGGGGGUUAUCGCUUCGCAGCUUCAACAGUAUAGGAUAUCUGUAAUGCCAUUCGAAGAGAAAACAACCGUAAUUGAGCAGUCUCUUUAAUGGCGCCCUCUCUGCCUUGUUUAUCGGGUUGCCACCCUUGCGCGCGUGUCGCUGUCGUCAAAACCAAUUCGUAUCUGGAGUGUCUGGCCACCAGUGGGCGAGUUGGGGUGUGUCUGCGACCAAAGAGCGUGCGUUUCAGCCAAGGUAUAUAGGCUACACACAACACGACUCAAGUAAAAAAAAAAAAAAAUGCUGCAAAAUCAGAAAUUGACACGACUCGGAUUCUGGAAGUAAUCUGACACGUGUUUGUUCGCUAAUUCCGAGACCGAGAUAGACUGUUUGGAACCAUGAAGAAAUCGAGCCCGGCAAAGCAACUACCACCACCAGCUGAAGUCACCGUACCAGACAACGAGGUUACUGUGCAACAACUGAACGAGCUUUUGGCAAACAGCAGUGGGUUUUACAGUUUACCAACACAGCAUUUCAACGAGGUUUUUCCCAGAAUUUACGUUGGUAACGCGUUCGUGGGCCAGAAUUUAAUGCGUUUACAGAAACUGGGCGUGACCCACAUCCUGAACGCGGCGGAGGGCAACUCGUUCAUGCACGUCAACACCAACGCAGAGUUCUACGCCGGCUCGGGAAUCGCCUACCACGGCAUCCAGGCCAACGACAAACCACAGUUCAAUAUCAGCAACUACUUUGAGGAGGCGGCAGACUUCAUCGACAAGGCUCUGGCCCACAACAAUGGCAAAGGGAAGGUGUAUGUCCACUGCAGGGAGGGCUACAGCCGCUCGCCCACCAUCGUCAUCGCCUACCUCAUGAUGCGCCACAAGCUGGAUGCCCGGGUGGCGGUCGCCACAGUCCGGAUGAAGAGGGAGAUCGGCCCCAACGAUGGCUUUCUGCGCCAGCUGUGCCAGCUCAACGAGAAGCUGGCGAAAGAGGGCAAGUUGAAAGGGGUGAUGCCAGUCAUGGCAGCCAAGUUGAAGGCCAAGUAGGGGGAGAGAGAGAGGAGGCCCAAACCUUCUAGGGGUCUCCUGAGAGCCAACCCGAAUCGGUCCACCCUGAUCAGCACACGUCACCAACUCACACUCUACAACGUGACACACAGUUCACACAUGGUGGAGAUCACAAAAACACACACACACACACACACACGUAAAUACACAACAUGUAACAUGCACGCAUACAUACGUGCUCACCGUCACAAUCUAUUGGUCAGUCUUCUCACCUCUCACACACGCUCCGGCGUGAUGGACAUCCUGCUCCACCUCAGUCCACCUGCUGCUGUAACGGGGCGUUGGGUUAGACCGGGGCAGGGAUGGUGCCCUCUAACAGCCCCCUGUGUUCUACAGGGUGUCAGGUUAGACCAGAAGGGAUGGUACCCUCUGUCACCCAUCAUCUCCCUCCGUUUCAGAAACAAACAUCUCAGCGCCCCCAGAGUUCCUACCUGACCAGUGAAGCAUUCCUUUUCGACCCACAUUGGUUCAGGACACUGGACAGCUCUCCCCUGUUCCGCUUUAGGACGACUGAUUUCAGAUCUAUUGGAGGAAUAAUAGAUUAGCACAGUCAUUCCAUAGUAUCCCACUGCCGGGACUGUCGGACACCAAAUGUCAGUCCAAAGGUUUUUCAAACGGGUUCAUUCUGGUUUAGAUUGGCACAUAAUCAGGAACAGCGAAGCACCGUGACAUCACACCAGGAAGUGACAUUCUAGUAUUUACUGGACUGUGGGGCUACUCUGAUAUCAACAAAACAUUCCACAGAGAGCGGAAAGGUGGUUCCCCCGCAAUGUCGUACAAUAUUCCACCACACGCACGGACACGCACGCACGCACACAAACUUAACAAUCAAAACUUGUCAAGCCAACUAUGUCACUUUUAUUGCCACAACUCUCACGCCAGUUUAGCUGCCGACUGCAUUUACAGGGAUGGAACGACUUUACAAAGGAAGACUGUUUCCAUGCCGGAUGACUACCCACUGCCAGUUCCAUAGUGCACAACCGUCAUUGUCCCCAUGGCAUAGACAACGUUCCACUGUCAGUCCAUUUCAUUUGCAGCAAUUCCAAUAGGCCCUUAAAUGUCCACUGCCUCGUUACAAUGUGUGUGCCACUUUUGAUCUAACAUAUUAUACGAAAGAAGUGAAAAGCCAAGGCCUUUCUAGUUGUCUCUAUUAGUACAUUGCCAUAUAUGUCUCAAUGCCCUACCAUUCCAUUUAAGUAUAUUUGACAAGGCCCUGAAAUGUCAGUCCGCUGUUAUGUAAUACACACUUAGUUACACACCAGCUGAAAUCCCAGUUGAGAUCUACACAUUUGAACGGACACCACAGUUAAAGAUCCACGGACAGGUUCACUGAACAUCUUAGCCCUAGGUCGAUUUCUUCCUCAGAUGGUACUGUUGCGUCCACUUUGUGUUUGGCUUUUUGGUUGGACUUGAUGUUAAAUCGAGACGGACCGACAGACCCUGGCUCCCGCGCCCACAUGGCUGGGCACUGUGUCCUAAUGACCAGCAUCAUGCCGCUCUGGACACCAUGCACUGAAAGAGGGGUCUGGCACAGGCACACUGGUAGUCCCCCCCGGUUCCUCCCGUGUGUCAAACCAGAUAGUGCUCAGUCGGUCAUCACCGAGGCCCCAGGGCUCAUUGGUGCAGCCAUGGAUAGAAUGAACAAGUGAGGAGAAAACAAGUCAAGCAAAACUAUGUAAUCCUUUUCAGUGCGUCUAUACCCACACUAAUAUUGUACAUGUAUAUACAUAUUUAAGCGGUGACAUAUAUGAAUGUAGAGCAAUGUGUCUAUAAUGUGUAGGUAUAUCGUUAGUAUAUGCAAGUCCUUAUAUGGUAUAUCAUUCCUGUAGCUAGAAUCACUUUUCUUUUUUUUUUCUUCUUUUUUUACUCACAGUUCAUCACAUUAGUCCAUCUAACUCUUCUUUACACUGCUCACAUCACACCUUGCAUCUUACGAACUGCACAAAUGUGUUCUGCCCUCCUAAAUAGAAUGCAGACAUGCACAUAAUCAAUGGGCUGGAGACCAGAAUUGAUAAAACCCAACAAACUAACUAGCUACUGAGAUCCUCUGUGCCGUGAACACAUAUUUCACACCAAGAUGGUGUGAUCCAAACAACCUUCAGUAGCUGUUUAGACCGUUAACUAAAGGCUUAUUUGACUCUUGUUCUAAUAGGCUUGUUUCUCACGUGUCCAUGGGCUUUUCACUACUAACUUGCAAGAAGCAACAAAGACACUGUUUUAAUUAGGUUCAAAUUAGAUCCUUAAAAAAAUAUUCAAACCUUAUUCAAUGAAAUGUUUAUGGUUAUUUAACCUGUCUGAUUUUAUUUACUAGAAAACGGUCUGAGAUGAGGGUUCUUGUUUGCAGCUUUAACUGCCUGCCGCUGUUUACAAAUUGUCCUUUGUUAUAUCUUGGUUUACCACCAAUAGGUUGAUUGGGCAUGGAACUCAUCGAGCCAGCUCCAUAGAUCUGCAUGGAACAACUGUUUGGUAGUGUUGAGGGAAAGGAAAACAGUGCCCCCUGCUGUUUCAAAUUAUUUUAGUAGUUGUAUAAUUUAUUUUAAUACAUGCACAUGUACAGCAGCUUCAGAUCAGGUUGCCUAUUGGUAAGUCAGUGUUCUGAGGAAAUGAAUGAAAUACAUGCCAUUAAGCAUAAACUUUAUUUGCCAAUUAUGGUCUUGAACUCUGCUGUGACUUAUUGUAAAACAUUGUCUAUUCUGAAAGUGUGCCAUGAUGUCAUUUAUAAACUGUAUAUUCACUCUUGAAUAUAAUAUACUAUUGAAUUAUCAAUGUAUUGAUGUCAGAACUUCAUCUCUGUGCUUAUGGUUUUGAUAUGUGAUGUAUCGUCAAGAAUGUAAAAUGUGAAAUUACUGUAUGUGGCUAUAUGAGGGAUAUGAAUGUUACAGUAACUGAACACCGGCUUUUGUGAGUCACUGCGUUUUACCAUCACAAACCUUAAUUAAUCCUCCCUAUAGUAAUGUAAUAUCCUUGUGUUACUGUAUGUGGUUUGUAAAAAAAAAAAAAAAAAAAAAAAAAAAAGGAAUGUUUUGUUUGUGCUUUUGAAUGAUCCCAAUUUGUUUUUUUCCCCCCUCCAUAUUUUUAUUAUUUUGCUGUACUAAUAAAUGCUGCUCUUUUUAAUAUGCUUCUAAACAAUGAAAACCAUUCCCACCACCUUCCCUACGCCUCCAUUCACCUUUACCCAGUGUCCUCCAUGAAUCUAUCCAAUUCACCUUUCGUUUCAGAUAUCACUGACCUUCAACAUAAAGGUCAACUGUUUUCCUACUUCACGGUGGUGACACCCCCACCCCACAAUCCUUUCCUUAUAGGCAUUAUGGAGUAGCAGAAGAUUUAGCACAAAUGACUCCAUAACCCAGCCACCCACCCACGUUCUAACAAUGUUGCAUUUGUGUCCUACUGUUUCACUGAGGAUCACCACAAUUGGUGUUUGGUUUUCUAGGUUUUGUGUUGUGUUUUCAUGCUAGCUUUAGCGGUCACUGCCUGGAGGAAGAGGAAACGUACAGCAUGACAGGAAAUGCAUCACAACAGUAAUGACACAGAAUCCCACCCUGAAGCCUUACACUGAACAUGGGUUCUAUCUAGACAUUUUUUAUUUGUGUACUUCACACAGUAUGAAAGGACAGCUCUCAUGCAGACGGACAUGGCACUGUUUGUCGAAGUGCACUUGAUUUUAAAUUGCAAUGUUAUUUUUCUUACCUUUAUGAGUCAUUUCUAUCUUACGUUAAACAAUAAAUGGAUAAGAACUUUG